AUGCACCGAAUUUGCCACUCUUCACUGAACCAAAACACUCUUCCAUUUACUAGAGUGAGGAUGCUUGCUUUGCUUGCACAAAUAUUGCUGCUAGUGCUCGCAGCUCAGAGCAGUGCCCUUUCAUUUGCCACCGUUUCCAGUGAUCAUCCUAGAGAUCAAGCUCCUGGCAAUGCAGAACAUGCCACUGCUCGUGAAUCUAUACUCUCGAAAAAGGGAAUAGACUAUGGCCAGUCACCGCCAACGUAUAAGUAUGCCCCUCCCUCCGGUGGCUAUUCCCCACCCUCUCGUGUGCGUCUGCCUCCUCAAAGUCCACCAACUAUCCGAUAUCUGCCACCAUCUCAAAGUUAUCCACCAUCAACUCAAGGCCAUCCACCAUCCUCUCACGGUUAUUCACCACCUAUUCAUAGGCAUCCUCCUCCAAGCCAAUACCCACUACCCACUCAACGUGGUCCACCACAUAGCCAAUACCCUCCACCAACUAGAGGUCAUCCACCACCUAGUCGGUCCACCCACUCAGGGUCAACCACCACCUACUCAAGCCCACGCACCACCACAAAGGUCAUCCACCUCCAAGGCAGUACUCGCCACCCACUCGAGGCCAUCUACCACCAUCUAGAUACCCUCCACCAACUCAAGGCCAUCCACCACCAACUUAAGGUUAUCCUUGAUAUUCACCACCCACAAAAGUAUCCAUCAGCUACUCCGAGGUAUCCUCCACCUUCACGAACUCCUCCUAGGUAUCCACCACCAUCUCAGUACCCUCCACCUUCAGGUGGCUAUUCACCCCCAUACUUAUCCACCGCCAUACCAGAAAGUGUUAUCCCCUAA